AACAACAUGUUUUAAAUAAAACUCUUUGCCAUGAUGCACGACUUGUACCUGUGGAGACCCCACUUAGAAUCUGUGAUUGUCCAUCAAAGUGUUUGAGGAUCAAACCAGGGAAGGCUGUUACUAUGGUCACAAUCAAUGGUCGUUAUGAUCUAAGAAUGCCGGAGCUGGUGUGUGAGGCGUGCGACGUUACUUGGACUUCUGAAGUCCAUGACCUAAAUUUAAGUGAUUACUGGCCUGCCACCCUUCACUUUUCCACUCUUUAUGGAACUGAUGUCUUCUUCACAUUUGAAGAAAUGAAAAUGGCGGCACCAGGUCUCUCCUGCCAAGCAUUUCUAAAAAUGCUGGAUCAACGAACUGUCCGCUUUGGCCGUACUGGGAAGAUCUCGACAGACAGCUUCCAGAAAAGUUUUUUUGAAUGGGAAGCUGUAAGAUAUGACAUAGAUAAAAUGUUAAGGAAGGAUCCCUUCACGUGUCAAGCAUGUACCCCAGAUAUGCUUGCAGUUUCAGUGGAUGGAAACCGCAAACAUUACCGUUUUAAGAAUGCAGCAAGAUCCGAAGAACAGGCUAUUUUUGAGGACAUCUUUAUAGCCAGGGAUGAAGACGUGGGAAGAUUUGUGGACUAUGUACACAAAACAACCAGACAUGUUUCUGGAAGAGGUGUUUGUGGUGGUGAGUGGUCAGCAGCUAGAGAGACUUCCCACAGAUCCAGCAGUAAGCUGGAUGAGGAGGGAUUGGAGCUUGUGUACUGGCCAUAUCUUGAAAGAGUGACAAAAAGUUGCCCUGAGCUCCAACACCUUCUGCAAAUGAAGCCAUUUCUCUGGGUUUUCCAAGCCAAAGCCCAUGACUUCAAAUGUGAGGUCAAGUGGAAUGGAGCAUAUCAGGAUGGAGCUGGUUUGACCUUAGGGGAGGAAGUGGAGCAGUGUAAUGCAUUUCUCUCAAGGAUUGCAGUUACCACAAAACAUAUGUCCAAACCUGGAUGGACAGACAUGCUGACUCUUAUGGCCAUGCGUUGGAAUCAGCUAAAAUUGGACAACUUGGCCAUCUCACUGACGCGUCGUUAUCAAAAGGCCACAAAAGCUCUUCAAACUCAGCUUCAGAACCUGGAGUCCCUAAGAAUAGAGAUUUCAGUGUCUGACAGUCAACUGGGUGACUGGGUCAGUGAUGUAAAGGAGUGGGCAGAAGCAGCAACAACUAGCACAACGGAUGCAGAUUCCUUAGUGGGCCGAAUUGAAGUUCUGGUUGCAAGCAUCAAAAGACGAUCCCAGCGUCUUUAUAAAGACACUGAUGGAAACAAAGCUCGUGCCAAGAUUUGCCGCAAGAUCAGAGAGGAAAAAGGAAUUUUGACACUGGCUGUGGAAAAGUACAACAGAUUGGUUCCAGACACAGAAAUUCUGUGCUUGGAAGAAAUUCUGUCUGGUGACCCAGUUUGGCCAUGGCAGCAACCACACAGUGACUCAGUCUUACAAUAAAGAGAAGAGCAUUUGAAGGCAUCAUGGCAGUAAGGAGACUUGAAGAAGAAAAGAGGAUUCUUGUAAGAGAGAUGGAUCAUCACUGGAAAUCUCUUUUAGCCUAUGAGGAUACUCUCAAAAAGCUCUCCUACCUGUCUUCGAGUGGCUCAUUUAAAAGUAUGUUUUUAAGUAAUGCAUAAACAGGCCAACAAUGACAGUUAUGAAUAUGUAUAUUUUUACUUUCCAGGUUUAUGUAUGUGUAAUUUUAAAGGUUCGUCGUGUCCCCUAACUGAUGAGGGUUUAAAAGGUCUGCAGAGCAUCAUUCUCAGAGAGCGGGAACAAGUCAAACAGGUCAAGCUGCAGGCAAGAGAGCGUUAUCUUCAUGCUUUAUCAGGAGCAGAAAAUUUUAAGUUUGAUCCUGCUUCAGAUGAUUAGUUCUACAGCGACUCAGAAUGCUCAGAUGAUGGUCUGUAAUCAACAUCUGUGAAAUACCUGUUUUCUUUUUUGAAACUUUUACUCAUAUUACACAUAGUACUCUGAAAAAAGACCUACAGUGUUGACCUGCAAUUUUUAGAUUACUUUUAAUGACGUUGGAUUUUCAUCAAACCAUUAAUACUUUGAGUGCGGUAAUAACACUGUUAUUAAGCUAAAAACAAUUGUUACAACACUACAGUAAACAGUUCCAUUGAUUAUGUAUUUGCUAGCAUAACCAACACAUGUUUUGAUGUUUCAUUUUUAUUUUCUUUGUAUAGUAAUGUGUAUUAUUAAUGUGUAACUAUGUUGUUUUGUCAUUUUAGUGUACUGGUGUAAUGUGUCUUCCAUUUUGUCACUUGAAAUCUGAUCAAUUUGUCAGUCACUGUCUGUUAUAAAGAAAUCAGAACAAUAAAUUAGUAAAAUAUC